AUGAUCAAAGGAACGCAAACACCCAUAAAUAAGGAGGAAUUAAAAAAAUUAAAUCAAAUUUUAUAAUAGCUCAUAGAUUCAAAUGAUAGUUUAGAAUUUCGACAACCUGUUGACCACAAAACUCUUGGUUUGCAUGAUUACUUGAUCGUCGUAAAAAAACCUAUGGACUUGGGCACUUGCUCUAAAAAAUUAUAAAAUUCAGAGUACAAGCAUGUGGAAGAAUGCUUAGAUGAUAUAUAAUUAAUUUGGGACAACUGCAAGUUGUAUAAUGGUCCCUCUAGUUGGAUUAGUAAAUUAUCUGAAAAACUUGAAAAAUCCUUUAAAAAAUAUGUGAAGAACUAUCUCCCCUUAAUUAAUUUGCCUUAAAGCUCAAUAAAAGUGAAAAAAAUUACCGAAGAUACUGGAGUCUAGGAAGACACACAAUAAACCAUUUCUCAUAAUGAGAAAGUUGAGUUUUCCAACAAUCUUAAACAAUUGAAUCCCGAUUAAAUUGGGGGCAUCGUUUAGAUCAUUUAGACUAAUAGUCCUAGUGCCUUCAUUGUGGUCAAUAAGGAGCGAUUUUAGAUCGUUAUCGAUAACAUUGAUUUUGAUACUUUUGUAAAAUGCUAGAAUUAAAUUUAAACUUGGAUGACUGGAGAGGAGGUGAGUAAGAGGGUUAAAAUAUGA